UCCGAGUUAGUCGCAUGCGCGGAUCGGAACUGGACAGGUGAUAGAUGGCCGGAUUAACACUACUGUUCGGCCUAAUCCUGGCCAGCUUCAGCGCUUGCCCAUCAAAUGCCGCCGAGACCGGCCAGACCGCCCAGAUUCUGCGAUACGAGAGUGCCCAUUUGGACAGCGAUGGCUAUGCCUUCUCGUAAAUUCGAGACCAGCGAUGGAAUCUCGCGUGAGGAGAAGGCCACUCUGAAAAAUCCCGGUACCCCCGAAGAGGCCAUCGCCGUCCAGGGCAGCGUCAAUUGGGUGGGACCCGAUGGCGUCCACUAUAAGCUCAAUUAUCUGGCCGACGAGAACGGCUUCCAGGCCCAGGGCGAACAUCUUCCGCAGGUGGAGCACUGAUCACGUGAUAGCUUUGGACUUUGUUAGAAAAAAAAAAACAAAAGUAAAACCACCGAAUAGCUGGAGGAGGAGGGCAGACAAUAGAAAUUAAAUACACAAUAAAAGAAUAUAUACAGAUAUUUAUAUACA